AUGGCAAACUCAAAGUAUGCCUACGUUCGUAACUAUGAACUCCCCGAUCCAUUGUUACCGGGAUGUUUUCUGAUUUGCAGAUUAGAUGGACACUCGUUCCACAGGUUCUCUGAGGAGCACGGAUUCACAAAACCCAACGACGAACGUGCUCUCAAACUCAUGGAUCAUGCAGCUAUGGACGUCAUGACCGAAUACAAAGAUAUUGUCCUUGCUUUCGGUGAAUCGGACGAAUUCAGCUUUCUACUCCGAAGAUCCACGAACCUGUACAAUCGGCGGCAAGCAAAAAUACUUACGACCCUCACAUCCUAUUUUACUUCUUGCUAUGUAUUCCACUGGUCGAAAUAUUUCCCCGACACAUCAAUGCGAUACCCACCCUCGUUCGACGGUCGCAUCGUUCUGUAUCCAGACGAACGGUCUGUGCGCGACUACUUUUCUUGGCGACAAGCCGACACACACAUCAAUAAUCUAUAUAACACCGCGUUUUGGGCACUUGUGAAACAAGGAGGAAAGACGACUUCUGAAGCACAUGCCACGCUCAGGGGUACCGUGUCUGCUAUGAAACAGGAAAUACUUUUUCAACAAUUUAACAUCAACUACAAUGACAUCUCACCUAGGUACAAGAAAGGGAGCGUCCUUGUACGAGUGCCUCAGGAAGCGCCGGAGAUUACCUCGGAACACAGUGCCGGACAGACAGUUGCCCUGCAGAUACCCUUUGAGAGAUCCACGGAAGAGAAGAAGAAAAGAGCCAGGACGAGAACGGAAGUAUUACAUUGUGAUAUUAUCGGUGAUGAAUUCUGGAUGGCGAGAUCCUUUAUCCUUGCAGGUUAA